AUGGUAGCAACUGCAGCGAUACGUCGUGCAAAAAUUGAGAUUGGAACUGAAGCAUUAAUACUUGGUUGUGAACUCAUUAGAUUGGCCACGUUAGCAGCGUUAAGACCACAAAAACGUUUGGAAUUAGCUAGAAAUAUGGGUGCUAAUCAUACAUUACUUACUACAGAUAAGGAUGAACCUUCGAAGUUAGUAAAAAAUAUUAUUAUAAAAAUGGGCAAUAUGCCAAAUAGAACAUUUGAUUGCCAUAGUAGUGAAGCAACCACUUGCUUAGGUAUUAAAGCAACUAGAUCGGGUGGUGUUCUUACUCUUAUCGGCUUAGCGCAGAAUGAAAUGAAACUACCAAUAAUGGAAGCUUUAUCACGUGAAGUUGAUAUUCGUGGAUAUCCACUUGCAUUAGUUCUGAUGGCAUCAGGUAACGUCAACUUAAAACCAUUAAUAACAUAUCAUUUUGAUUUAGAAGAAACAGAAAAAGCUUUCAAAACUGUUGAAUGUCGAAUAGAAAAUCCAAUAAAGGUCAUGAUUCAAAUACAACCUAGAGACACAAACAACAAGGAACCAUUUAAAUCGAAUGGAGACUGUGUUUAG